GCAGCAGAACUGGUACACCGGUUUAACAUUGGUGACAGGAGUCGGCAUUUUUCUUCACUAUGGAGACUCGCGGUCAGAUAUACCAGUGAUGUGUGAAAUGUGAAUGGAAGAAAUAAAGUCAAACAAUAGUAGCUUUAAGAUCAAGAUGGAGGGAACGCCGUUGUCAAGACAGAACUGACAUUACGACCAGCUGAUAAGACAAAACGUUACGCGCUUGCUUUAGUGUCGUGCAGGACAGUGACGAGGUGAACGUGUGCUGCCAUGUGACGCACUGGGUGGAGAAGAGACUAAUAGACUAAGAAUUCAUUGGAAGUUAGUCAGAAAGACAGGAGAAUCUGUGCCCGGGAUUAGCUACAGGAGACAUGGCGCUGUUCCCUGCCUACUCUGGUGAAGGCUGUGCAUCUCAGCCUGAUGGUGCUUCCCUUGCUUGGCUGUGCAAUGGAAGCUGUCCGCCAGAGGUCGGCCAGCUGCCACCCACUCAAAGUGUUGCAGCAGAAGAGGGGCAAGCAGUCCCAGAACCUGAAGAAGUGACAGCUAUCUCUGCAGAAGCUGUGCCAAGCUCCUUGCAGCACACAAAGAAAAAAAAGGAUAAAAAGAAACAUAAGAAAAAGAAAAAGAAGAAAAAGAAGAAUGAGUCCAGUGAAAGUAAUUUAUCGUCCAGCGAGGAUGAGAGGAGGUCACAAGAAUCAAGAUCAAACAGUACAGGAUCAAGGUCUGCUUCCAAGGACAAGAGAAGUAGGACAGCAUCAAGGUCACCAGAGAGGCAGAGGAUGAAGAGAAGGUCAGAAACAAGGUCAAUGUCAAGGGAAAGAAGAGUGAGGUCACCAAGCAAGAAAAGGAAGAGGAAAUCAAGGUCUAGAUCAGAAUCAAAGGAGAGGAGGAGGAGGUCAAGGUCAAGGAGAAGGUCCUGGUCAAGGUCAAGAAGGAGGUCACUGUCAAAGUCAAGAAGAUCUCAUUCAAGGUCAAGAUCAAGAAAGAGGUCGCAAUCAAGGUCAAGGAGGAGAUCUAGGUCAAAAAAGAGGUCCCAGUUAAGGUCAAGGCAAAGAUCAAAUUCAAAGUCAAGGAGAUCAAGGUCGAGGUCAAGAAGAAGAUCCUGGUCAAGGUCCAGAUCAAAGCAGAUGUCAAGGUCGAGAAGGAGUUCAUCAAGGACAAAGGUGUCUGCCUCGAGGAGCGGCCAGCACACACGCAUCAGUGCUGAGAAGUUCUUGUCUAGCAACAAAAGUGUCUUCCUGGAGGACAUGCAGGGGAUUGUGAAGCCAGAGGAAGCGUUCUUCAUUAGCACUGAGGGAGACGACAACAACAGAACCCUUGCCACCACCCACUACACACAGAUGGCGAGGUACAAGACAAAAACCAAGGGAGAAUUAGGAAGUUCACAAUAUCACCACAACUCCAACCAGAAAAAAAAGCCUUUAAGGUAUUAUAAGAAGACUGCUUUGAGAACCUUGUACACUGACCCCACACCAGUAAAGAAGCUUCUGUCAACCACAGAUGCCAUACCUGAGAACUACAUGCCCCUAUCUCUCACCUAUGCAGAGGAAGUCAAAGUCAAGAGUGCACCAGCAUCGACAGUCAACUCUCUGGGGAUAUAUGACAGCAAAACAGAGGAGUACUUGUCUGGCACUGGAGGACUCACCCCUGAGGACAAUAUAGAGACACACCAAGAUGCAGAGUUUGAGAUGUGGCAGAGUAAGGCUAAGAGGUACAAUGAACGGCUGGGUAAAGAGCCACACAAUGUUGCUCUUUGGCUGGAGUUUGUGAAGUUUCAAGAUAACUCCUACAAGUUACUCUACCGGGGAGGUGAUGGGAACACCAAAGAUGGUGAAGGGAAGAAACACAAGUUGACACAAAAGGCUCUGGCCGAAAGAAAAGUUUCUAUACUCGACACUGCCAUAAAGAAGAACAUGAGGAACCUUGAGCUGUGCUUUGAACGUUUGGAAAUUGGCAAGGACCUGUGGGAUGACAAAAAACUCAAGCAGGAAUGGGAUACCCUUGUCUUCAGCUUCCCCAAUAAGAUCAAUGUGUGGCACAAGUACCUGGCAUACGUACAGACUCACUUCACCUCCUUCAGUCUUGCGUCAGCCGUCCGAACGUUUGGCAAGUGCACAGAGAAGCUGCAGCAAAUGAGGGAUGGGGUGUUCCUGACCCACGCAGCGCCUAAGGACAUUGGCAGGUGUCUGGUGGACGUGUCGAUACAAGUGGCUCAUGUGUGGCGCCAGGGUGGCUUCAUGGAGAGGUCAAUAGCACUGUUCCAGGCACUGGUGGAGCUCAAUCUCUUCUGCCCCAAACAUUUCCUUGCCAAGGAUGUCACCUUGGAGGCUAGACUGGCAUUCUUCGAACCUUUCUGGGAUUCAAGAGCUGCAAGGUUUGGUGAAGAGAAUGCUGUGGGUUGGGCUGAAGUAAUGCAGAGAAGGGAACCUGUUCAGUUUCCAGAGGUAAUAUUAGAGGGGACGGUUGAUGAGGAGGACGACCUGAUAGCCCGGGGUGGCACCACUUCCACACUAUGGCUGGGCUUGGAGACCUCCCGUGAGAUGAGGCACUGGCUGCCCUGGGAGCAGGACCCUGAGGACUGUGAGGACCCAGACAGAAUGGUGCCACUGGAUGAACUUUCACCACAUCUCUUCACUCUCAAUUCAGACGAGGAGAAAUUUUACCUCGUCCUUCAGUUCCUGAGGUUCCUUGGAGUUCCUGAUAUUGAAGACUCUAGUUGUCAGGUGUUGCAGAGUCUUAAGAAUCCCAAGAGCCUGAGCACCAAGACUGGGAACGUGUUCAGACCGCUGGUGAUUGAAACGCUCAGUGACGCUAAUUUAUUUGGAAAUCAUUUCCACCAGAAACCAAAAAAUGUAGAUAAGAAUUUUUUGAGUUUUGAGGCUCUUGGCCCCUCUGUCACCAUGCCUGUGUGUGAUGCAUAUUAUUUGUUCCUGUGUAGGGCACUCCAACAAGCAGCCAAUGUAUUUGAGUUCCAGCACAGAAGAUACUUAACUCUCCUGCACAUUAAACUGCUAGGUGCUCAUUACCAGGCCAAGGUGCCAACUGGGAAUGAAGGCACAUUGAAGAGUGUAGGGAAGGAAAUCAAGAAAGAAAUAAAAAGCAUCUUGAAGUCAGAGGAAUUCAGAACAUGUUUACCUGUUUACCAAGUGUAUGGGAAGGUGGAGGAAACAAUGGGUCAUGUGUCAGAGGCUGAGAAUGUUUAUGUUACUGCCUUGACAAUUGGUACAACCUCUGGCAAAGCACUAAAUUCAAACAAUGAAGACUUCAGGGCAGUAAUGGAUCUCUGCCUCUGUUACAUUCGUCUUGAAAUGGAUCAAGAAGUUAAGAGCUGCACUGGAUGUCACAGCAACAACAUCCUGCAAUCGGUUUGUUCACUCGUCAAUGAAGGAAAGUUUGUAGCACCAGAUGGGUCACUACCACUAGGUGGAAAUCUUUUGAAAGCCAAGAAAAAAUUACUACAACUGCAGGAUCAUCAUAACCACUCAGAAAUUGAUAUGAGCAAUAGUGACACUCAGGAGAAUGAAAAGAUUCUUGCCAUCAAAUCAGUGACCUUUCUUGCCCUCAUACAGCUCCUCACUGUUGGCUUCCGCCCAGCGUGUCUUGUGUUUGAGUCCACCAUAGAGAAAGUCAGUGAGGCAGCAUCUAUAAAACUGGAGGAUACACCUCUGCCCUCAGCGGAGAAAACCAAUGCUGGAAACACAAAAAAUGAUCAUAGUAAAAUUAUCAAAGCAAAGAUUUUAGAGUGUUUGUAUGAAGAUUAUUUGUGGAUCAUUGAGGCGUCAGGACACUUAGGCCACCUGGUGAAGGAUGGCAGUAUGUCACCAGUGUGCCUGAGGUCUGUUGUCACUGCUGCCCUCAAGGCUGCACCAGAGAAUCCAAGAUUCUUACUCAUCCUUGCUCAAAACCAGAGCUGGCGUAACCUGAUUGGUGGACUUGAGGUAUUGUCCUCAGAGAGAUCCUCCAUCAUCACCCUGGUGUCCCAGCUGCUGCCUCACAUUCACAAGACCAUCUUCCUCAUCUCUCACACCAGUGAUGGCUUGCUGAGCUGUGGACACAGGCUGGAGAGCAUGCUGGAGCAGGCUGUGAGUAGGCCCCCUGGAAAUCACUGCCCCCUACUGUGGAGGCUGUACCUGGCCCUGGUAGCUGCCACUCGACCCAAAGGACUCAAGAAUCUCACAUACAGGGCCUUGGUGCACUGCCCAGGAGUCAAAAGUGUGUACCUGGACUGUGUGCGGCUGCUGCCUGGGAUGCUGAGGGAGGUGGUGAAACUCCUGACAGAGAAGGGGAUGAGAGUGAGGCUUCCACUUGAGGAGCUUGAGGUCCUCACUGAGAAGGAACUAGAGUUUGAGGAUGAAGAUAACAGUGAAAGCUCCAACAGUGAAGAGGAGGGAGAAAGUGUGCCUUAAUGGUAGGUUGGUUUAGUAGUGCAGUGAAGAUUAGUAUUAUCAUCAUCAUCAUCAUCAUCAUCAUCAUCAUCAUCAUCAUCAUCACCACCACCACCACCACCACCACCACCACCACCACCACCACCACCACCACCACCACCACCACCACCACCACCACCACCAUUGUGUGGUGGUGAAUAAUGAGUAGGUGGAAGUGUGAAAAGAAAUGGUAGUUGUCAGCUGUUAAAGGUUCCUAAAAAGAAAGGAGUUAUAUUUUCUGAAAUAAAUUAAUUUAUAUUUCAUACAAUGUCACUCUUAAUCACUUUGGCCACUGAGUCAUGUUCACUGAGCUGUCAGGUAGAGGCUCAGCCACACACUGGCUGCUGAGUCACACACCAACCUGAGCAUUGCAUAUUAACACAUUCUGUAGACAUCAUGUUUAUUAGGUAUAGGUAAAGAAUUUGCAUCUCUGUACAUCUGUGUAUCAGGCUGUCGUCUCCUGUAUCGGGGGGGGGGGCAGGUAGCCAAGACAUGAUGUCGUGUCUUGUCUUAGCAAUAAGAUUACAAAGGAGGGAUCUCUAGGCCACUCACUCUCUCUACUUUGACUCAUAAGGAGUAUUGUGGCAGUAUUCUUCCUGUCUGACAGUGUCCUUUUGCUGCAAGAGGGAUUGUGUGAAAUAUAGUAAACAUAAAUAUAUAUCUAAUUUCUAUA